CUUCGGGUUGCCAAGAUCGGCGGCCGAUCUGCUUCCUGGGGUUUCCUUUCGCUUUCCGAAGAUCGCCUCCAGGCUGCUUAUAUUGGGCGCGCUCUUGACGAUCCGGCCAAGGGAAGCUUUUAGGAACGGAAGUGCUGGAUCUCCUCCACAGCAGGACCAUCCAUGAUGCUGAAGUCCUUGAGAAGCAGAGGCGGUGGCAGCCUCUUUCGACUGCUGGGGGUCACGCCCGGGCUCCAAGUUGGCAGUUUGCCCCCCAAUAGGUCCUGCUCUUCCAGAGAGUGCCCUCCUUCAGCCACCAAAGUGAUGGGGAUUAAGAAGAGGGGCUAUGACAUCACCAGGAAUCCCCAGCUCAACAAGGGUAUGGCUUUCACCCUUCAAGAGAGGCUCCAGCUGGGAAUACAUGGUCUUCUUCCACCUUGCUUCCUGAGCCAAGAUGUCCAAGUUCUACGGGUCCUGAAAAGCUACGAGACCAAAGCCAAUGAUCUAGACAAGUACAUCAUCCUCAUGACUUUGCAGGACAGAAACGAGAAACUGUUUUACCGGGUGCUCACAUCCGACAUAGAAAGAUUUAUGCCAAUAGUGUAUACGCCGACUGUUGGAUUGGCUUGCCAGUUGUAUGGCCUGGCCUUCAGACGGCCUCGUGGCCUAUUCAUUACCAUUCAUGACAAAGGACACAUUUCCACAAUGCUGAAUUCCUGGCCUGAAGACAACAUAAAGGCUGUUGUGGUGACCGACGGAGAAAGAAUUUUAGGCUUGGGCGAUCUAGGAAGCUACGGGAUGGGCAUCCCAGUAGGAAAACUCGCACUCUACACCGCUUGUGGUGGCGUUCACCCGCAGCAUUGCCUCCCCGUUCUUCUGGAUGUUGGCACAGACAACGAGGCGCUCCUGAAUGACCCGCUCUACAUUGGCCUCAAACAUAAGCGAGUUCGUGGGAAACAGUACGAUGACUUGCUGGAUGAGUUUAUGCAAGCGGUUGCUGACAAGUACGGAAUGAACUGUCUCAUUCAGUUUGAAGACUUUGCCAAUGCCAACGCGUUCCGACUGCUCAACAAAUAUCGCAACCGUUACUGCACUUUCAACGAUGACAUUCAAGGAACUGCCUCUGUUGCUGUAGCCGGAAUCUUUGCAGCCUUAAGAAUUACAAAGAACAAGCUUUCUGAUAAUAAAUUUGUCUUCCAAGGAGCUGGAGAGGCUGCUUUGGGUAUUGCUCACCUCAUAGUGAUGGCACUAGAGAAAGAAGAAAUUCCCAGAGAAGAAGCUGUUAAGAAAAUCUGGAUGGUGGACUCCAAAGGACUCAUUGUCAAGGGCAGGAGUCAUCUGAACCACGAGAAGGAGAUGUUUGCUCAUGACCAUCCCACUGUGAAGACACUGGAGGAAGUGGUGCAGACAAUAAAACCAACAGCCAUUAUUGGGGUGGCGGCUGUGGCAGGUGCUUUCACUCCCCGGAUUUUGAAGGACAUGGGGACCUUCAAUGAGAAGCCCAUCGUGUUUGCCCUCAGCAACCCAACGAGCAAAGCAGAAUGCACUGCCGAAGACUGUUACCGUUUGACAGACGGCCGUGCCAUAUUUGCUAGCGGGAGCCCGUUUCCAAAGGUAACCCUCUCCGAUGGACAGACCUUCUUCCCUGGCCAAGGGAACAACGCCUACGUUUUCCCCGGAGUCGCUCUAGGAAUCAUCGCUUGUGGAGUCCGUCACAUCACCGAGGAAAUCUUUCUCGCCACAGCAGAGGCAAUUGCACAAGAGGUGACAGAGGAAAACCUGGCUGAAGGAAGGCUCUAUCCACCUUUGAGCUCGAUUCGAGACGUGUCCUUCAAAAUUGCCGUUAAAGUGGUUGACUAUGCCUACAAACACAACUUGGCCUCCUGGUAUCCAGAACCAGAGGACAAAGAAGCAUUCGUGAAAAACCUCAUAUACAGCCCUGACUAUGAUUCCUUCAUUAUCGAUAAUUAUCAGUGGCCGCAGGAAGCCAUGAAGACUCAAAAUAUUUGAUAUUUCUUUUUUGUGAAGGUGGGCAAGAAAAAUCUUCAAGCAGCUGUGAACCUUAAGGAUGCUAAGGUGUCUUGAUCUUCAAACCUUGUAGGAUCUUCAGUUAUUUUUUAUGAGCAGCUUCCUUUUUUAAAAAAAAAAAGCAAAAAAAAUCUGAGCCGGAAAUCAUACUGAGUAAACAAGGACCAAUUAUGCCAUCAGCGCCCAGUGCACGGAUAUGAUUAGAUGAAAUUUAGAAGGUUCCGUACUCUUGAAUCUCCUUUCGCAACUCAAACUGACCUUCCCUAAUCUGGUCCUUUCCCAAUGUAUUAGAACUUCCGCUCCUCAAAUUCCCUAUCGGCAUGGUUCCCUUCCAGGUUGAAGAAGGCUGGAUUAGGAAUUUCUGCAGAGUUCAUAGAAAAUACUUUUGCUAGAUGACUUCAUAUCUAUUAAGAUGUAAUUCAGGGAUGAAAUCCAGCAGGUACUGACAGGUUCUGGACAACUGGUAGCGGAAAUUUUGAGCAGUUCGGCGAACCGGUAGCGGAAAUUAUGAGUAGUUCGGAGAACUGGCAAAUACCACCUCUGCCUGGCCCCCAGAGUAGGGUGGGAAUGGAGAUUUUGCAAUAUCCUUCCCCCAGGAGUGGGGAGGGAAUGGAGAUUUUGCAGUAUUCUUCCUCUGCCACGCCCACCAUGCCACGCCCACCAAGCCACACCCACAGAACCGGUCGUAAAAAAAUUUGAAUUUCACCUCUGGUGUAAUUGCUAUGGCCUUUCUCAAGGUUACCAUUCAUGGGUUUAGGAGAAUGUAACUGUUUCAUAAUGACCAUGGAACGGCCAUUGGGCAUACAGUUCAGAAGUGACUUCUUGCCCAGAGUUCUGCAUGGCUUCUACCAGUCUUAGCAACUAUCCCCAGGGCCAGUGGUGGGUUUCACUUACCUUUGCUACCGGUUCACUCGCGCAUGCGCAGAGCGUAUUUGGGUGGAACCUCCCGCUGCCGCUACUACCGGUUCACUAGAACCGGGGCAAACUGGUAGCAGCCCACCACUGCCCAGGGCCCUGAUUCUAACCCUGAUCCUCAUUAGAGAUCUGGAUGGUGUUAUUUUAGCAGUUAUGCAGAAUUCUCACUAACCCAAUUUAUUGAAAAAUUUCCAGGUAACUGGGAUUCCUUUACCCAGUUUAUAUCUUGUUACCAUACAACAAUGAAAGUUCUACCAAACUCACUAUGUUUGGGUUGGCAGCACAGACUAACUCAAGAAGCACUCCAAGUGCAUGUUGACACAAUAACAUAUAUCCAUGGUUAAUUAAGUCCUGAUUUACUCAAGUAUCCCAAAUGUGUAAAUUGCAUGAUACGCUGAAAGAUUAUAAUGGCAUAGGGUGGAUUCAUGCAACAUAUAAAAAUAGAGUUAACCAUUUCAUGCUCCAGUGUUGACUAUAGGUAGCCCAGGGGUGAAAUGCUACCUGUUUGGACCGGUUUGCCCAAACUGGUAGUAAUAAAAGCUACCGGUUCAAGUGAACCAGUAGUAAAAAAAAUGCUACCAGUUCGGACGAACUGGUAUUUCCAACGAUCAGCUGUGCCUCGCGAUUUAUAUUCACUAGAAAGCAGGAAAUCCUGCGAAUCUAAAUCGCGCGGCACAGCUGUUCCCCCCCCCCUUGCUGUUCUACUUACCUUAGAAAAGGCUUCUUAAUCCUCCUUUUUCAGCGCUGCGCAGUAGCAUCUGUGGUGCACCUGCGCGUGGAGCAUGCAUUUGGCGCACCCACGCAUGCGCACUGAACCGGUAGCAAAGUGAACCGGUAGCAGACUUUGGAGCAUUUCACCACUGAGGUAGUCCUCAACUUACAACAGCAAUUGGGGCUGCCAUUUAUCUCACUAAAACGGGACCUCAUAGUUUAGCAACAGCAAUCCCUGGAGUCCUGGUUGCCUUUGUUAACCAAAUCUCACAGUUAUUAGAUGAGACAAUUUCCUGCCAGUUUCCCGCAACCAAAGUGAGUAGGGAAGCUGGGAGGGAAUUGUAAAUCCUGGGCCAGCAAGCAGCUAAGAGGCUUCUGCUGAGUAGAGGGAGGUAGAAGGGAUGUGGGAAGGAUGCCUGGGCCAGAGAAACUUAACCCAGCAACUUGCAACCCUUCCUGUUGGCUUCCCCAUUGACUUUCUGGGGAAGCCAGCGGGGAAGGUUCCAAAUGGCAAUCGUAUGAUUGUGCGCUCUGCAACUGGUUGUAAGUGCAAACUGGUUGCCGAGGGCCCAGAUCAUGAUCAUGUGACUGUGGAAAAUGCUGGAACAACCAGAAUUCUAAGGAUCCAUCAUAAUCACCAUUCAUUCAGCGUUGUUCAAACUUCAAACGGUUGCUGAAUGAAUGAAUCUAAGUUGAGGACUAUCUGUAGCUAACACGGUUUUAAAAAGGGGUUUACAGGGGUUUUUGAUGGUGACUAUAGACUAGAGUUUCCCAACCUUAGCGACUUUAAGAUGUGUGGACUUCCAAUCCCCAUCAAGGCUGGUUGGGGAAUUCUGGGAGUUGAAGUCCACAUGUCUUAAAGUUGUCAAGAUUGGGAGACACACUGCUAUAAAUUAUAGCUUUUUUUCCCAGGCCUGUUCUGUAGAAAUAGCACUCAAGUAUCUGAAGAGUUCCGGUUAGAGCUUAGGAUAGAGUUAAGCGUGAGGAUUUUAAGCUAGUCUUCAGACCUUCCCAUUAAGGAUGAUCCAGUCUUAAAGAAAUGGAUGUAACCUUUCUAAUAAAAGAUGAACUCGCAAUUUCAACCUUGAGCGUUGAGAAAGAAAAGCGAAGUCUUCCUCCAAAUUUCAUUUGUAUUUUAUUUUGGUAGCCAAGGAACCCAUAGGGAACGUCCUGCAGAGCUCCCCUUAGCUGUGUCAAGCUUAAACCGUGAGAUAAUCACUACUAUGUCUUGGGAAAAAUAUUCAUCUGUUAAUUCUUAUGCCUCCCCCUCAAACACAACCAAGAAAUUGUAAUCUCAGGGACUAUUUUAUUUUAUUUUUUGCUUUAAUGGUAUUUAUUGUAUUUAAAACCAUGAGCGGCAUGGUGGCCUAGUGGUAAAGAUGCUCGCCUCCCACUUGCAAGGUUGAGAGUUCCAAUCCUAGAUAGCGGCAGAUAUUUUUCUCUCUCUGGGCGCAAAGAGAAAAUAUCUGCUGUGAGCUCUGCAUAGGCAUCAGGAAGGGCAUCCGGCCAGUAAAUGCCCAGUCACCCAGAUUCUACCCUGAAUUAAGGGAUUAUAAGAUUGUAAAAAGGGAUUGUUGAAUUUAAAAUCAUAGAGUUAGAACACUCUAAGUUCAGGCUUCAAAAUCCACCCCCUGACCAAAACAGGAAUCCAGAUUAGAGCACUCCAGACAGAUAGAUGUCCAGCGUCUCCUUGUACUGUAUACCCUUAACCCAAAGUGCCACCGUCUUCUCUGGUUGGCUGGACCCCAUCAGAGGAAAUAUGCCAGUGAAGAAGUUUUCCCCAACCUUGGCAACUUUAGGAUGUGCGGACUUCAACUCCCAGAAUUCCCCAGCAGAUUGCUGAGGAAUUCUGGGAGUUGAAGUUCACACAUCUUAAAGUUGCCAAGAUUGGGUGAACCUGCUAUAAAGGAAAAGAAGCAGCAGGUACUUCUGCCAAAGCUAAAAGCUUUAUGCGUCCUCCUCAGGUGAUGCUUCACCUCAUUGGUCAUUCAUCAAAUGUUGAUUGUCAUUCCUUCCAAUGGAUCUUGCUAAAUCAGGCCCAAAGUAGAAUCUAGCUAGUAUUCUGUAUUUAACCAUCGUAGGCAUGGUGUUUUAAAAGAAUUGUUUUUCUUCACUGUUUCACAUGCAGCUACUGUAAUCAGCAACUGGUCUUCCAUUUUUGUUCUAUUCCUGAAGUGAUAAAAAGGCCGCAGGAAGUUCAAAA